CCUGUGGUGCCGGAACCUGUCUGCCUGCGCUCACCUUGUCACAGGCUGCAUAUGUGUUCGGCAGCAGGGGACGCAGAGGACAUAGCCUGGAGCAAACCCAACUGGUUUCCAAGUGCAAGUUAAUUACGUGAAUUCCUGGCAUUCUUCAGCUCAUACAGAAUAAUGAUUAACGCGGCGUGGGAGAGCAGAACCUGGCAGUUGGACAUGCAGCUGGUAGGGAAAGUGGCUCUCUCAGCUACUGCCUUCUUCUUACUGGCAUUAGCCUAUAGGUUCUACAAAUUACGAACCUCAGAGAGCUCUGAUCUAACAGGAAAACAUGGUCCUGGCCCUACCAGAGAGGACAGUGGCAUUGCGGAUGCCCCCCAGCGGGAUUACAUAAAUACGGGAACUGGUAAUCUCAGAUUCAGGUGUGUAAACAGUAACCUGCAGGACAGCUUAGUCACAGAUCCUGGAAGCAAACACCUCGCUGAUGUAUCUGCCAGCACACACAGACCUCACGUCAAAGCUCAGGAGGAAUUUGAGACCGGUGAUGCAAUCUCCAGAGACCAAAGUGGUUUUGCCCGCGGGGACUCAGCAGAGUUGCACAACACAGUUGAUCUCCUGCAAAGCCCCCGUGCACCAGGAGAUGACGCAGACUGCCGGCACGACGAGUGUGAUGGAGAGGGGACAUUCAACAAAAGAGACAGCAAGAGUUACAGGCAGGACCCUGAGGGGAGAGAAAUGUUUGAGAGGUUGGAGCUGCAGAGAGAGCUUGGGGUAAGGCCCACCAGAAACAUCUCCGCCAUCAGCUCCGUCGAUUUGUCUUUGAGUCACGUAAAUGAAUCUAAGCACGAAUUGCACACGUUCUCUUCCGUUGCGGAGGUGCAGAUGCAAGAGAACAUCCUCUCAGAAGAUGGGAAUUCUCCGCAGCCACUCAUGCCAGGAGGACUUAGGGGGAAGGUCUAUCACUACCAUGUAGAGUCCACUUCUCAAUCGCUCACAGCAGAAAAAACUUGUGACCCUCGGGUUCUCCAUCCACAAUUGCCCCUCACGCAUAUAAAAAAUUAUUUCCUAUCAUCAGAGGAGGAUGGAGAAGAGGAGAAAAGUCUCAUUCACCAAGAGGAGACCACAGAUGGCGAUGUUAUAGGGCGUAAAUCACCGGAACAAAUAAACCCAUCUCCAAAACAAGACAUAGCCAGAGGUAGCGAUGAUCAGGAAGAGGGUGUGAAAACAAAUGCAGAAACUGAGGGGAUCGGUCCAAACGAUACUCCUUUGGUCACAGCAUCCACUUACCUAGCGGGCCAGAGCAGUGACGCAGCUGUAGAUACACAAUCAGGUCCAGAUACUUACCACAUUUCAUUGCCACCAGACUCCAUGUUUGAUAUACACCUUAAUUUGGAUAAUUGCUAUGAGGUUUUGUGCUUGGCCAAGAGACACAAACUGGACACCCUAAAGGCAGCUACCUAUAAGAUGAUGAGCAAGGACUAUCUGCAGGUGCUUCAGAACCCAUCCAUCUUUGGGCUCCUCAAUGUCACCGAGAGAGACCUCAUCUUGGAAAGUAGAAUGAAGGGGAGGAGAUUUGUAGCUGUCGCUGACAUUGAUACUCAAGCCGCUACCGCAACGCAAAACGAGAGCAGCCUAAGUUACUACGACAGUGAUAAGGAUCGCUGGCACCCUCUAACUCACAUCCCCAUCGAAGCCGUCAGCAGAGGGUGCACAAUGGCGACAAUGUUCAACUAUCUCUUUGUUGUUCUUGGAUGCGACGGUCCUGGGAGACAAAUGAACCCGUCCAAGCGCGUUCUCUGCUACAACCCCCUGACAGACAGCUGGAAAGAAGUCAGCUCGCUCAACGAGGGAAGGCCUCACUGUAAACUUGUGGCGCUUGAUGGUUAUCUGUAUGCUAUUGGAGGCGAAUGCCUUCAUACAGUUGAAAGGUAUGACCCACGCCAAAAUAAAUGGAGCUACGUCACACCUCUACCCAACGACACCUUUGCUGUAGCCCACAUGGCAACUGCGUACGAUGACGAGAUCUUUGUGACUGGUGGAACCAUCCGUUAUCUCCUCUUGAGAUACCGUCAUCGGGACAACGCCUGGAAGAGCAGUCUGGUUAGCGGCAGCAAAGACCGGACAACAGAGAUGGUGGCAGCCAACAACUUCCUAUACCGGUUUGACCUGAACCGCAGCAUGGGCAUCAGUGUCCACCGCUGUAACAUAAGAGCCAGGAUUUGGUACGAGUGCGCAAAUUAUGCAAUGCCCUAUCCGGCGCCCUUCCAUUGUGUGGUUGUUGACAACAGUAUCUACUGCAUCAGCAGGAACUUUCACCUACGCUUCCUCACCGAUGACAUCUCCCCCAGGUUCAUAGACCUGGACUUGCAGCCCGUGCCAUCACCUAAAGGGCUUCUUUUCCCUUUCGCCCUUGUCCUUCCAGUCAAAGACACGCACUGAACAGAUUCUCGUGCAGGACCGAAAUAUAUGACUACGUUAAUUAUUUUAAGCUUUAAACGCGUUAUAGACUGCAGCACGAAACGCGUACAGUGGAUUGCACUUCAGCCCUUUCUCCAAGACAAAUGUUUUCUAAUACACAAACUUUAUAUUGAUAAAGGCUGGAUGAGACCUACACACCAGGUAACAAUGCCCAAAUGCCCGGUAUUCCCUCUGCAUUGCUUAGUAAGUCACAGCUAAGGCGUGAAAGGGUUAAUCACUACGCAGCGCUGGCCACAGCCGCUGCGAUUUUACGAUGCUUCAUUUAAAGGACAAAAAAAAAAAAAGACAUACUAUACAAAACACACCUGGUUGUAUAUUUAAUAUUAUCGGCCCUUUAAAUUCAACUUUUAGAAGUAUCACAUACUAAAUGUACCCCUAAAUGUGUGAUUGUGUGAAUAUUUUUUUUAGGGGGAGGGGGGGCAAAUGCAUUAUAUAAGUGUGUAAGGAAAAUCCAUGGUAACAGCAAGAUCACUACAUUUCAACAGACACAGAUCUGUACCGUAACUUAGCACAUAUUUAUAAAACAUACCUAUGUGGCAUAUAAUGUGCUUGUGUGCGUGUGUAUGUAUGUAUAUAUACAGUAUACACAUAUAUAUAUAUAUAUAUAUAUAUAUAUAUAUAAAAUAUGGGUGCAUACACACACUUCAUACACCAACACACGCACGCAGUGUGUUACACACAUAUAUAUAUAUAUAUAUAUAUACACAUACACACACAUAUAUAUAUAUAUAUAUAUAUAUAUAUAUAUAUAUAUAUAGAUUAUUAUUAUUUUUUAUUUGUAUUUGGUCUGUUUCUGUACUUGAACAGUCACUGAACUAGAGGCUACUAAUGAAUGUAUGUGGCUCAGAGAGAACAAUGUUGAAUUAUUUCCAUCCCCGGGGAUAGAGUAUCAGCCGCCUGUCUGUAUAUGUACAGUAGCUCAUUGUUAGAUGACAGCUAGGACACUGACAGGUAAACAUGCAAUGACUGCGCCACGUCACGUGCAGACCCAGAUAACAGCACUUGCUAUGUAAAUGACAGAUAUACAGGUAGAGUCAGCAUUGCUAUUUCUGAAGCUGCAGCUAAUGGGAAGGCGAUAAGUUUCUUAUAACGCACCACAGGAGACACCUUCCAGCCAAUAGGAAUGUGCCCUUGUAUGUGCGUGUCUCACGCUCUUACCACUAAGGGAAGCCAGCCACGGGUAUGGGUCGUUGGGUCGACACAACUUAGGUCGAGCACUAUUGGGCGACAUGCAUUAGUUCGACGUACUAGGUCGACAGGUCAAAAGGUCGACAUGAGUUUUUUUUACUUUUUUGCUGUCGUUUUCUUCGUAAAAUGACGGGGAACCCCAAUUAGUACACAGUGUCCCCUCGCCAUGCUUUGGGCAAGGUGCCUCGCCCCGCUACCGCUGCGCUCGGCACAGGUUACUAUUCUCAAUCGUAGUCAACGUGGAUCGUAAAGUAUGAAAAAGUCCAAAAACGUAAAAAAUAUAUAUGAAAAACGCAUGUCGACCUUUUGACCUGUCGACCUAAUGCAUGUCGACCAAUAGUGGUCGACCUAAUGACCAUAUCCCGCCAGCCACUAUGUCUCAGGCCACAAACACAGGAGCCGAUUCCUGUAGAUAACUUGUUACAGCGAGGACUCGUGCGAAACGUUCACUUUCCCCUGAUAAACGCACUCACAUUGCGUCCGGCGCUCAGCUCGCCGAUGGUCACAAUGUUACAUCUACGGGAAGGGCAGCUUUAUUGGCAAGUUUAGGUCUCCGUACCCAAAUGUGUAACUUUUACAGGAAAGAUUCUCAUUCCUUACAAAUGUUUCUGCCUUAAACAUAAAAGUUUCUUAUGUGAGAGUCCCCGGCACUUGUUACAUAACUUUACUGUGCGAUUCAUGUGACAGAGUCCAGCAACGUUCCCGACUAACUGGACACAUCCAGGCACUGACUGCUGAUGUAACGAUCGCUCCGCGUUCUGCCAUGAAUAUAGAUACAUGUGAGUAGAGAUGAGCGGCGCGGUUUUCACACUGUUCUUUUCACCAACUUAGCGCAAGUUUGGAUCUGAAAAUUUCAUCUUAUUGGCUAUCCAAAACAUGUGACAGCCAGAUAGCCAAUAAGAUCUGAGCAUAAUCGAGCCAAAACCAAACUACUCAUCUCUAAAAUCAAGGUGAAUGAAACUUAUGGCGGAGGGAGAGUGCUGCACCUUCUGUACUUAAAUGUCUAUGUACUAAGCCUUGGAGAGAGAUAGCCCCCUUCAUCUCCAUCCGCUCUAUUUACUAAGCUUUGACUGGAGAUAAAGUGGACAGAGAUAAAGUCCCAGCCAAUCACAGAUUGUGUUUGAAAAAUGACAGUUAGUAGCUAGUUGGUUCGAAUUUUAUCUCCGCUCACUAUAUCUCUCCAAGGCUUAGUACAUAGACCCCUAAAUAUGCCAUGUACAAUGUCCUAAUAGAAUACGCGCCUCUACCGCCUAAUCAGACCAGCUGGAUGGUCUUUUCCGUUUUGUGUCUUUCUAAUUAAGGAUUAUUAUUAUUAUUAUUAUUAUUACUAAUUAUUCCAGGAGAUUUCAAUCAUUUUUCAGCUCUGUAUUUAUAAUUGACAAUAUACAUUUCUAUAUUUGCAGACUUAUAGUGUAUUUAUGUAGCGUCAGGGCUAUGUGUGUUCUGCAUACUGAUGUAUAGGAUACUGCGCAGGCCAGCCCCCCCCCCCCCCCCACCACCGAUGCCAGUCACUAUACUGCCCACCAAGUGUUGCUGGGGUGCAGUCACUGAAAGCUGAGUGCUGCAACCUGCGACAGGCAACGGAGCGUUCCUAUCUGUGGAGUAGAAUGGAGCUUCAUCUGUAUGCGGUUUGUAAACCUGAAUUUUAGAUUUAUUUACAGUAGAAUUUAUAUGUAGCCUAGGGGAGAGAAGACACUGCGCUGUGAUUGCAAGCGUUCACAGGCCAUAAGCAGCGUUAAUGCAGAGUAUGCAAACGACAUAUCCUCUCAUUCUCUAUAUAAUCUAUACAGAAGGCACAACUAGAGGGGCAGCGAGAAGUAGGGGUGAUAGGGACAGAGGUCAGGGCUGGGGGUGGUGGGGGGUCUUACAGCUUGUACGAGGAUACUAACCCACUGCUCAAUCUAUAACUGUGACACUCAUAUCUCAUAAGCUGGACUGGCAGAGUGCGUCUGUCUCCGCAAAGUAACUGCUAACGCCGAGAGACGCCAUGGUAGAGAUUCUUGGAACCUGCUAGUUUAUAGUGAAAUUGGUUGGACCUUGGAACGAUAAGCUUGUACUCUAUGUGAAUUCCUUUGUACAGCGAAGUCUUCUUCUAAGAUGAUCUAUAAAAUAAAUUCUGCAUUUCACCAAUCACCGCGUUAAACAUUCACAGAUAAUUAAGGGAAGAUGAUUAUACGCAGACAGACAUAACAGCGGUAACGGGGGACCAGUGCGGGACUAUUUCAGGAUUUUUAAGGACACACAAAAAAAAAAGAAAAAAAAUGUGCCUUAUUUCUGAAUGUCUGUCCUCGAUUGUUGCCCAGAUUUUGGGUGCUGUUAAUUAUUUAUAAAUCGCCAUGUGCAAAGUCUGCAUUACAAUCAGCAUAGACCUGAAAUUAUUACACUUGUGUAACAGAAUAAAAUAUUUUUUCUUACUGCAGUGAUAAUAUAUAAAUAUAUAGAUUUGUGAAAACUG